AUGUUCUUCUUCCUGCUCAACCUGGCCCUCAGCGACCUGGGCUCCAUCUGCACCACUGUCCCCAAAGCCAUGCACAAUUCCCUCUGGGACACCAGGGACAUCUCCUACAAGGGAUGUGCUGCACAGGUUUUCUUCUUUCUUUUCUUUAUCUCAGCAGAGUUUUCCCUCCUGACCAUCAUGUGCUACGACCGCUACGUGUCCAUCUGCAAACCCCUGCACUAUGGGACCCUCCUGGGCAGCAGAGCUUGUGCCCACAUGGCAGCAGCUGCCUGGGCCAGUGGCUUUCUCAUUGCUCUGCUGCACAUGGCCAAUACAUUUUCCCUGCCCCUGUGCCAUGGCAAUGCCCUGGGCCAGUUCUUCUGUGAAAUUCCACAGAUCCUCAAACUCUCCUGCUCACACUCCGCCUUCAGAAAAAUUUGGAUUUCAUUGCUUGGUGCCGUUUUAGCUUUUGGUUGUUUUGUGUUCAUUGUUUUCUCCUAUGUGCAGAUCUUCAGGGCUGUGCUGAGGAUUCCCUCUGAGCAGGGACAUCACAAAACCUUUUCCACCUGCCUCCCUCACCUGGCUGUGGUCUCCUUUUUUCUCAGCACUGGCACAGUUGCGUACUUGAAGCCCCCCUCCAUGUUCUCCCCAUCCCUGGAUCUGGCCCGGUCAGUUCUGUACUCGAUGGUGCCUCCAGCCCUGAAUCCCCUCAUCUACAGCCUGAGGAACCAGGAGCUCAAGGCUGCACUGUGGACACUGAUGACUGGAUGGUCUCAAAAGAAUUAA